AUGUCAGAUCCUGCCCUUCACCUGAAAACGUUGGUCGCUCACUAUCUAGCUCAAAAUUAUCCCUCAGUAUUACCUCCAUUCCUCUCUGCAUCCCAUGUUCCCGCCCCCGAUCUUUCUCAACCUCCACAACCCGACCUGCGAAUGCUGGUGGAGGAUUAUCUGUCGACACAGAUAGCCAAGGAUCUAGGAGAAAUACAAGUCGACGAGCGCAUGGAACAGGCAAUGGAUGGGAGCUGGAGGGGGUGGACAACGAAGGAGAUGAUGAAAGUGCCGUUACCGGCGCAGGUGUCUCUUAGUGCAGUCAAACGAAGUAUAGAAGGGAUCUCAGCUAUGAACUUGCUCACGGUCGGAGAAGGCAGAAUACCGAAAAGGAUUUUUGAUACUACUUCUGCGUCGUAUCGAGUCUCGUACACCCCAAGUAUCAUAACAACCUCGGUCGAUAAAACGCUCAAGAUCAUAGACUAUAAAACUGGGGAGGUCGAUCGGAUCCUAGAACCUCAUAAAGCAGCUAUUCUGUCAUUCGCUGUUCAUCCUCAAAAUCCGCGAUACCUGUUGACUGGCUCAAUGGAUGGAACAUCUGUCUUGACCGAUAUCAUCACUUGUCAACAACUUCAGUCAUUCAAAUCGACAAAAUUCGUAGUGCGAGUAGCCUUCUCCUCCGACGGUACUUAUAUGGCCACCGCAUCGUACGACCAUAGCAUCGUUGUCUAUCGUGCUGUCGCAUCUGCUCUUCCUCCGCCAUCAGAUGAUGAUGACAUCCCUUUAGAUGAGUCAGAUGAUCCUGCUCUGGCAUGCGAUCCAACACUACGAUAUCAGGAAGUGUAUAGGAUCAAAGUGGAAUCAAAUCCCGAAGCGAUACUUUUUCAUCCACAAUCCACAUGGUUGUUGUACACCGUACGAUCAUCUCACCUCCUGUACUAUGUCCGUCUCCCAUCUCAAAAUGAUGACGUGGAUGUAGGCACGGAAUGGGAAAUCAAAACGAAGAGUUUCAAUCCUCAUCCGAUGGACACACAUGUCUCAUUUGCGGUGCUGAACUUGGCACUCCAUCCUUCUGGAAAAAUCGUGGCUUGUCAAACGGGAGAUCAUAGAGGAAAUACUGGAGAACGAAUCAUCCUGUAUGGCAUUGAACCUGAGGACACUGAACGACUGGGUGUUCUCUGGACGGGAAGUGAGGGGGACGAUUUCGUUUUACCCAGGAUGAGCUGGCUACCUGAUGGGUCGGGGUUGAUUACGACAACGCCAAAUGGUUACCUGAACCUUAUCGCUUUGAGUGGAGAAAAUCGCUCCAGUGUCAAGAUACACGGCGCGACUGAUCUUGGCCAAGCUUCAAGCGAGGUAGUACGGGAUUGUGUAAUUAUCCUCACCGAGAAUGGUGAUUGGGAGGCGAUCAGUGUCGGGUACGACAGGCAGGUAAGGAUCUCCCGUUAG